CGCCCCUUGGUAGUUGUGCAUAUAUCCUCGCCAGUUGGCGCUACUUUCUAUGUUUAAGGUAUUUAUCUCCCGAGGGAAAACUUCGCUAAAAUAGAUGGCACCACUUUGUACGUGUACGACAAACAAAAAGUGACGAGGUGGCCUCCAGUGGCGAAGGUCGGAUUCGAACCAGCGUCUUUAGCUAACCGGGGCGUCUUUAGCCAGUUAACGUCAUGAACCCCUAGGCCACCCCGUCACGGUGAAACUGGUCCUAAUUUCUCGACUAUAUAUGCAAUCGUAAUGAGACUAGGCGUUAUGUGAAAUUCGCAUGUAUCGAUGCCAAUUUCCUAUAGCUCGUUGAGCAAUAAUGUAAAUGACUACAUUUGACCUCGCUCGACAAAGAUGGUUCAGUUUGCACCGAAAGUUGAGGUAAGUACAUAUAUUUAUAUUUUAAUUAUUACAAAAUAAUGUAGUUUCGUUUCCUGUACGAUAACUUAACAAACAAAUCUUUUCCUCUUUUCAUAUAGUUCAUGAGAACCGUUUCACACGUUUCUUUACCACAUGCGCCCCGCCCGCCCGUCUACACCCCACCCCUCAACUGAAUUUUUCUGCUAUAAAAGAGCAUGUUGAACCAUAUUCCCACUACAGUGUCACAACGAAUAUUGCGUUGAAAUCAUGGAUCCGCAAGCUUCAUCACAUACCAAAUCCGACAACAAUACCAUCACCACUUGGUGCUGCCAGUGCUGGUUGUCCACCACCACAAGCGGCGGCGGCGGCGGCUGUGACGGUGGCUGUAGCAGCUCCACUUCGCAAUCGUCACCCGGACCACAACCGAUGGCAACAGCAAAGGCACUGUUAAAACAAGACGAUGGGGACAAGGGAAAAACAAACUGCCUAGAGAGCGCUUCUGAGAGCGAUACGAGCGAUGAAAUGAAAUCUUUUUAUCAAGGAUGUAAAAGCAAGUGGAUAAAAGCGUUCCAGAACAAUACUCUGAUUAAUAGAUGGCGCCUCCCCAUGCCAUUUCACACAUUUAGAGUGGAAGUAGCGAGAUUGUUAAAACGAUUGUAUAUCGAAGGUCACCAUGACGAUUGUCAUAUUUACCCGUUAAUUGUAAUGUGGGACGAUUUAAACGAUGACGUGGAAGAAAUAGUGGGAGAUGCUCAAAUCAACUAUCAAGACUGGAUUGCGUUAUUAGGUGGCGUUACAGCGGAACUAUUUUCACGCGUGGUGUUCAAUACUAAAUCUUUUAAUUAUUUAAUCAAUGUAAUAUUUUGUGUGCUAGGUCCAAACAUAAUAGCUUCCGGUGAUUAUGAAUGUGAACCUAAAUGUAAGAAUGCUCGUACAUAUUAA